UCGCACAUGGCAGUGUUGGCAGUAGACUAUAGUUUAGGGUUUAGCUGCAAAUUACAACAGGACUCUACCUAGAGCAGAUAAUUGUCAUCAAGUAUUAUUAACCGUAGAAUAAAAUUGAAUUAAUAAAUGAAAAGUGAAUUCAGAAUAUUUUUCGUAUAGUUUAGAGCUUUUGUUUUGUUUUUAAUUUCCGUUUAUAAUAAUAUGACCAAUCCAUCGUAGUUUUAAUUAAAUAAUUAAAAUUUAUGUAAUCCUUGUGUUGAAAUAAUUUCUAUAGAAUCAAUAAGUCAUUUAAAAAAUUGGACUGUGCUACCAAUUAUACGUUUUGUCAUAAAAUUUCAUAUUUUCUCAACAAUAUAAUUAACAGUCUGAUUUCUGUGGAAAAAUAAAAAUUUAAUGGCGAAAAAUAAGUCUAAAAAAAAUGCCAACCAAACAGAUACAGAUGCUAUAAAGAAAAAAAAAUUGACAAGUAGAAAAAGAAAAGCACUUCAAAAAAUUAUAGAAAAAAAACAAAAGAGCCAAAAGAGGUCUAAAAUGUUAAAUGAAUUGAAGAGUCUUGAACUUUCAGCACCUUCAUUGUCUUUGAUGACAUCUAUAAGUCAAACACAAACGAGUGGAUUGAGAAAUGCAUUAAAAGAAAAAAAAAAAUGUCGAACACCUAAGCAGUCUAUUGAAGAAAAUGGGAGCUCAGAUGAAAUGACUGUUGAUGAAGAUGUUGGUUCUGAACUGGACGAAGAUGAAAUUGUAUAAUAAUACUUAAAUCAUUCUGCAGAAAAUCAGUAACUAUUUCAUGAUGGUGGCCAUAUUAAUUUUACUUCUUUAUGUGCUGCUUGUGGUAACCAUAUUAAAUAUUCUUCCAAUAAAUCUAUAAAAACAAAAAAAAAAUGUUGUCAACAUCUAAAAUAAUUAUUAUUUAAUAAAUAAAAAUUUACAUGUUGGCUUUUUUAA